CAAUUUUUUUUUUUUUUAUUGAAAUAAACAUCCAAAUUGACUGAAUCAUUUUGUGAUUCCACUAUUAUUCGCGGACCUUUUACCCUUUCUCUCAUCGAUGCAACGAUUACCGUUUCGAUCAUGUUUUAGAGAACACUACCAAGGGAAUGAUGCUGUAUAGCAACAAUGCAUAGGAACUUGACAUACCUUUCAUGGUUAGUCUUUAUGUGUAUGGCCACUCGUUUUGUUUUGCUCUUUAAUCGCCGCACUAAUGAACUGACGAACUGAUAAACUGAUCCUACUGCGGUAACAGAGUAUUAUUAUUGUGUGCAUGCGCGCAUGUUUAUCACGAUGCUUAAGAUUUAACAGAAUCAAAUGCGUAUUUGCAAAAUUCAAUCGUAUCGCGAAAUCGGUGCAUCGACCGUCUGCCGUUCGAUUAACUACCAGUUGAUCAUAACACAUCAUUUUCAUCGAUUAAAAUAUCAUUCGCACGAGAUACGUCUUGAAAUCGACACAACGAGUGAACAAUUAUGUCUACAUCAUUCAAAACAUUCGAAAUUCGUUCAAGAUCAUCCAUAUCUCCUUUUCCAAUACGAUAAUUAUUCCUAUCCUCCUUGUUUCUUUUCAUCUCCAUCGCAUGUUUCGUAAUUCAUAUUGUACAUAUCCCUUUCUUUCAAUCAAUGCGUUAAAUUUAACGAUCGGAGCGCAACGAUUAAAAUACUAAUUCUCGCAUAAUCAAUCAUAUAACUGUAGACUCAUAUAUACAACAGUGAUCUUUGCGUUCCUCCGAGAAUACAUUUGACAAUUUUAGACGCUUAAUUACAUUCUUUCAGUGAAAGUGAGUCCCAUCGAUAUUACGGAAAAUCUUUUCUUCGCUAUUUUUGGCCAGAAGGAUACAGAUGACUUCACGAUAUCGUUAAAACGAAAGAUGCAACCAAAAUGGACGAUAUAUUUCUUUAAGGUCAGUCCAAUACUCACGGCUAUUUGACAUGAACAAUUUAUGUCUCGACAAUUAACGAUCAAUACUCUCAUAUUCUGACAGAUAUCCUUCUCUCUGUACAUGUUGGUUAGUGUCAUUGUAUUGAUCAAUCUAUUGAUCGCGAUGAUGACCGACACGUACCAAAGUAUUCAGUCACAAAGCGAUAUUGAGUGGAAGUAUGGACUCAGCAAACUAAUUCGUAAAAUGCAAAAAACACGUACUGCACCUUCGCCGUUGAAUUUAGUUACUUCUUGGAUUCCGUAUAUUGGAAAAGCGUGCAAAACUCGAAACCGCAAACGUAAAACUGGUGUAAUGCGCUUAUUUGCAGGACAUUCAUUUAUUCAGGACAAUGGAAUAUUAUCUCAAGAACGCGACCUCAUUCACUUUCCAUUACUUCGAUCGAGUCCAAUGGGAAGUCAAUUGUCUUUAAAGGAUUCAAUAAGAAUCGAAAAUGUUGUCGAGUGGGAUCUCGUAAGACGAAAAUAUAGAGUACGAUUUGGCAACGAAACUGAGAAACCUCUUUCAGAAGACUGGUCUAUGACUAAUAUGAAUCUUUAAAUACCUUUAUAUAUAGUUUGCUAAUACUUAUAUGUAUCUUAAAUUCAUAAUUUUCUCACAAAUGAAAUCUUUGUACCUUCUAUUUCAUAAUCCUUUUAUGUUCUUACUC